AUGGACAACACGACAUCACUAACAUUCACAAUGACUGCAUAUGCUGUCAUGGAAAAGUACAAACAUGGGCUUUUUACUGUAUUCCUGCUGCUGUAUCUUAUUACUAUUACUCUGAACACAUUACUGAUUAGCGUCAUACACCAAAACAAAAAGCUACAUCAACCUAUGAAUGUGUUUGCAUGUUUGUUAUCUAUCAAUGAAAUAUAUGGCAGCACUGCCUUGUUACCUGCACUUAUGAGCAUUCUCAUAUCCAAGACACAUGAAGUAUCUGUCAAAUGGUGUAUGGCUCAAGUCUAUUUCCUGCACACAUAUGCAGGUGCUGAGUUUUGUAUUUUAGCUGUUAUGGGAUACGACAGAUAUGUUGCCAUCUGUUACCCACUACAUUACCACAGCAUCAUGUCUAACUCAAAAGUAGGCAAACUUGUUGCAUUAGCAAGUCUAUAUCCCAUCAUUGUAUUUAUAUGUUAUUACUCCCUAACUUUACGACUGAGCUUCUGUGGAAAAGUCAUGCCAAAAUUAUACUGUGUGAACAUGGAACUGGUCAAAAUUUCAUGCACAAAUGCAUCAUACAUAAGUACAGUGGGACUUGUGCUUAUUUUGUUUUUUGUUGUCCCUCAAGUAAUAAUGAUUGUUUUCUCGUAUGCACAAAUAUCAAGAGUAUGUUGGACAUUAACGAAAGAAUCUCAAGGCAACGCUCUUAAAACUUGUAUCCCACAUGUAUUAUCUGUGAUAAACUACACCAUCGGUUCCUUAUUUGAAAUCAUCCAAACUAGAUUUAACAUGAGUCAUGUGGCUGUCGAGGCGAGGAUCUUCCUGUCUUUAUACUUUAUCAUCAUUCCACCGGUUACCAACCCAGUGCUGUAUGGACUGGGAACUCAAAUAGUGAGAGUUCAGAUACUGAAACUGUUUAUUAAAUACAAGAUCCUGCCAACCCAGUUAGCAAAUGCAGUGAUUGCUGCUUAA